CAUCCACCGACUCUGCCCAUCCAGCCCCAUCGCGCCCUCACGCCCACUCACACCAUGAGCCGCUUCGUACGGCCCUCCAAGUACCGCCACGUGUACGGCACGGCGGCGCGCAAGGAGGACUUCUACGACAACAUCAAGGUGUCGAACAAUGCAUGGGACACCAACCUCGUCGCCGGCAACGGGCGCUUCGUCUCCGUCAAUUGGGCCGCGUCGGGCGGCGGCGCCUUUGCCCUCAUCCCCGUGGCGCGCACGGGCAAGCUGCCCGACAUCUACCCGCUCUGCCGCGGCCACAGCGCCUCGGUGCUCGACACGGCCUUCUCGCCCUUUGACGAUGCCUUUGUCGCCAGUGCCAGCGACGACGGCACCGUGGGCCUCUGGCGCGCCAACGAGGAGGACUGGAGUGUGCUGGAUCUGAGUGAGAAGGAGAGGGAGAAGGCCGGCGGAGUCAAGGAUCUGCAGCCGCUGAGGAAGCUGCAUGGCGGAGGUCGCAAAGUCGGCCAAGUCCUCUUCCACCCCGUCGCCAACCACGUGCUGGCCGCCGCGACGGGCGACCACGUCAUCAAGCUGUACGACGUCGAGGCGGGCGGCGACGGCGCCCAAGUCGAGAUGACGGGCUUCAGCGACUCGAUCCAGUCGCUGGCGUUUGACUGGACGGGCACGACGCUGGUGGCGACGUGCAGAGACCGCAAGCUGCGCACGUUUGACACGCGCAAAGGAGGCAAGGCGGUGCAGGAGGCCGAGAGCCAUGGCGGCAUCAAGGGCGCACGCGUCGCUUGGUGCGGACAGCUGGAUCGCUUCAUCACGACGGGCUUCAGCAAGAUGAGUGACCGGCAACUGUUCCUCUGGGAUUCCACCAACAUCAGCAAGCCGCUCAAGCAAAUUGUCCUGGACUCCUCCUCCGGCGUCAUCAUGCCCUUCUGGUCGGACAACAACAUCUGCUUCCUCGCCGGCAAGGGCGACGGCAACAUCCGCUACUACGAGCUGGAGAAUGACGAGCUGCACUACCUGACGGAGUACAAGAGCACGGAGCCGCAGCGGGGCCUGACGUUUGUGCCGCGGAGGGCGCUCAACGCGGAUGAGAACGAGAUCGCACGCGCGUACAAGGUGACGGGCAACAUGGUGCAGCCGAUCAGCUUCCUCGUGCCGCGACGAGCCGAGAGCUUCCAGAGCGACAUCUUCCCUCCUGCGCCCUCGAGUAAGCCCGCUCUCAGCGCCGCCGAGUUCUUCGCGGGCAAGACGGCCCAGCCCAACCUUGUCAGUCUGGAGGAUGGCAGCGGCGUCAAGAGCAGCGGCGCCGCUCCCUCGGCUGCCUCUGCUGGUGCGCCGCGCAGUGCGCCUGCUCCCGCCUCCGCACCAGCUGCCACGGCCUCCUUCGCCUCUGCGCCGUCGAACAGCACGUCUGCCGCCGCCGCGCCCGCUCCUGCGUCUGCAGCUGCCGCGCCGGCUGCGCAGCCUGCGCCUGCGCCCGCGCCCAAGGCGCCCGAGCCGGCCACGCAGCAGCGCGCCGCCUCGCCGCAGAAGAGCACCUUUGCGGCGCUGCGCGAGAAUGGCCACGCUGCGUCUGCGGCGGCUGCCUCUGCGCCCGCGUCGGCUGCGGCAGCGAGCGGAGCAGGCGACGCAGAGGCGCGCAAGGAGCUCGAGAAGCUCAAGCGCCAGCUGGCGGAGCGCGAUGCGCGGAUCCGGGAGCUCGAGGUGGAGAAUGAGCGGCUGCGGACGAACCAGCAGCGCGUGCGCGAGGCUCUCAUGUGAGAGGGCCUCGCUUCCGCCGACGGACGGACGUCUUCUCGCGCCUAGCAAGCCUGCGUGUCACCCCUCCCUUCCCCCUGAAUCUUGAUCGUCCUGGAGCUGUGCUGCGCGCAGCAGCGGGUGCGAUAUGCGAAUUGGUAUGUGAGAGCA